AUGUUUUUUAAUAUUGAUAGAGGAUAUAAAUUAUUUUUUAUAUUAUUAAUAAUAUGGAUAAUUUAUGAUCUCAAAACUAGUCUUCAACAAUUUAAACAUUCAUGUUCAAUGACUUCUAUGUGGAGAUAUCCACAGCUUUAUUCUUUAUAUGAAAAUAAAGAUUUAAGAUAUAAUUUUUAUUUAUAUGGUGAAGGUCAAUAUUUUUAUGAGUUAUCACAAAGUCAAAAUUUCAAUGGUAUUCCUAUUAUUUUUGUUCCAGGAAAUGCUGCUGAUGCCGCAAUGGUUAGAAGUAUUGGAUCAAUUUUACAAAAUAAAACAGAACGCCUUCAAUCACCCUUUCGAUUUAAUGUUUUUUCCGCUCAUUUUAAUGAAGAAUUUAGUAUAUUUGAUACAACAAUUUUAAAACGUCAAGCAAAAUUUCUUAUAAAUAGUAUUAUUGAAUUAGAAAAAUUAUAUAAAAAUAAACGAAAUAAAAAAUAUGUUUUAUUGGGACAUUCAAUGGGUGGUAUUGUAAUAAAAAUGGCAUUGAAAAAUUCAGAAUGGUUAAGAAAAAAUACAGCAUUUAUUUUAGUUAUGGGUACAAUGUUAAAAGAUCAUCCAAUUAAAAUUACUAAUGAUUUUAUUAAUAUUUAUCAUCAAAUUUCUUCUUUAAAAGAUAUACCGGUAAUAUCUAUGCAUGGAGGAUUUAUGGAUGAAUUGAUAGAAGAAUCAUUGACUAAGGAUAAUAAUUCAUUAACUGUUGGUUAUCAAGGUAUUGAUCGUGUUUGGUCGAUGGCUGAUCACAAAUGUCUUGUUUGGUGUAAUGAAGCACAACGAUCUAUUUCAAGACUAUUAUUUGAGUACGCAACAACUUCUGAAAAAAAUAUACCUCUAACAAAGUUUAAUUCCCUUUUUCAAAGAAUAUUUAAUUCAUCAACAUUCGAUUACAAAAUCAUUAAACAACAGGAAUUAGAUGAUAGUUAUGAACAAAUUAAUAAAGGACUUUUAAAUAAAAAUGGAUAUAUUUUCGCAAUUGGAAAAAUUAAUUUUAACCUUCCAUUACUGUAUAAACAUAAAAACAAAAAUGACAUAAAUUUGUAUCCUAUAAAAACAUACUUUUACAGUCGUCAAAUGGAAUAUAUUUAUUCUCUUGAAACAAUUGAAACAAAUGAAAAUUAUUAUAAAAAUAAAAAUACAAAAAUUAAGGGAGAUAAUCAACAGGCAAUUUCUAUGAAUAAUAAAUUAUUAUUUAAUUUUUUUGACAAAAAUACAAAAUCAGAUGGUACAUUAUUUGUUAUAUCUAAUUCUAAAACAUUUUUUACCAAUUCAUCUAUUGUAGAGUAUGAACUUAAUUACAAAAUUGAUUUUAGUUUAACAAUAUUAAGAGCAAUCAAAAUUAAUAUUUCUAAUAUUCCAUUUUUAUUAUCAUUUAUGGUUAUUUUAUUUUCUUAUGAUACCAAUUUAUUGUUUAAAAUAUUGUCUAUACAGAUAUUAUUUUAUACUGUAACAAGUUCAAUAAUAAGUACAACUAUUUUAUUUUUAAUUGGAAUAGUUAUUAUUUAUUGUCUUACCAAUUUAGGUGAAACAUUGGUAACAGUAUCAGAAAUAUUAAAUAUUAAUGAUAUCAUCAUUAAAAUAUAUAGGUGGAUGUAUGAAAAAGUAUCAUAUAAUUUAUUAAUAACAUUAUGUAGCUUAUUAAGCUUAUUUUUUCAACCUUUAUAUCUAGUUUACUCAUUAAUUUCAUUAUUAUUAUCUCCAAACAUUUUAAUAUUUUUUAUUUCAUUUAUUUUGUAUUUACCAACAUAUUUAAUAUUUUAUCAAUUACCGGAUUUUACUUUUUCCUUCAAAGGUAACAGAUUAUAUGAAUGGUCAGCAAUCAUUCAACUUGUUUUCAUGUACUUUUCAAGAAAAAAAAAAAUCAAUAUUUCUCCAUGGAUAUUUUUACUUCCAUACUGGUUAUUAAUUACUUUUAAUAAUUCAAUUUUUACUGUAUGGGAAUAUAUAAUGAUAGUACAAGCAACAAGUAUUUCUUUAAUGUUUUUGAAGAUCAAAAUAAUUAAAUUAAAAAAUUCAUAA